AUGCUUACCUUCUGCUUCGUUUACUUCGCUCAGAACGUCGAGGCCGCAAAGGGACCCAAGAUCACCUGCAAGGUGUACUUUGACAUUCUGCAUGGCGAGGAGGACUUGGGCCGCAUUGUGAUCGGCCUGUACGGCGGGACCGUACCAAAGACCGCUGAGAACUUCCGUGCUCUCGCAACUGGCGAGAAGGGUUACGGAUACGAGGGUUCGACCUUCCACCGUGUCAUCAAGCAGUUCAUGAUCCAGGGUGGUGACUUCACUCGAGGCGAUGGCACCGGCGGAAAGUCCAUCUACGGCGAGAAGUUCCAGGACGAGAACUUCAAGUUGAAGCACAGCAAGAAGGGUCUCAUGAGCAUGGCCAACUCUGGCAAGGACACCAACGGUUCGCAAUUCUUCAUCACCACCGCCAUCACCUCCUGGCUUGACGGCAAGCACGUCGUCUUCGGCGAGGUCCUCGAGGGCUACGACAUUGUGGAGAAGAUCGAGAACGUGCCUAAGGGCUCCGGCGACAAGCCCAGCAAGACCGUCAAGAUCAAGAAGAGCGGCGAGCUGGAGGUGCCUGAAGAAGGUAUUAGGGCCGAACUUUAG